AUGUCUGCACUGCCUGAGCAGAUAUCAAACGAGGCCUCAGAGAUCAAAGGGGACGUUGUCCUCAAGAACUUGGCAUCGGGCAGUGCUGUGACAUUGCCAGACGAAGACAAAUGCCCAGUUGUCCUCGCAGGGAGUGAUCGCCCGCAACCCGAUGAGGCGAAGAAAGACGACGAUCUCGGCGAGAAAGCUUCCUUCUUUGCUCUCUUUCGCUAUGCUGAUGCGUUUGACUGCAUCCUCAUCCUCAUUUCGUUCGUCUGCUCCCUCGCAACCGGUGCAGCUCUCCCUGCCUUCACGCUGUUCUUCAAGGACCUCAUCAACGGAGGGUUUGAAUCCGGCUCGCUCUCUGCCAGUAAGGUCAACGAGAAGGCACUUUUGUUUCUCUGGAUCAGCCUGGGCUUGCUCGUAUGCGGCUCCAUCUCCAACGGUGCCAUGCUCUUGGCCGCAGCUAACCAGGGAUCAAGGCUGCGGAGGCAGUACGUGAAGGCCAUCUUGAGACAGAAUAUCGCUUGGUUUGACACCCAGAAGACUGGAGAGAUCACCACGUCGAUUGAGCGCGACUGCUCCAACGUGCAGGGGGCCAUAGGCGAGAAGGCCGUACUCUUCGUUCAUAACCUGUCCACUUUCGUGUUCGGCAUAGCGCUUGGGUUCUGGCAAGGGUGGCAGAUGGCUUUGGUGCUUUGUGCGUGCUUGCCGCUGCUGGCCGGGGCUGGAGCUUGGAUGGCAAAGAACCUGGCAGACCUUGCUACUAAGGGAGAGCGGGCGUAUCGCUCUGCAGGUAUGACGAGGAGGAGAAGGAGGAAAGUGUUGGGAUGCGCUGACGGGCUUGGCCGAACUGUAGCGUCGCUGCGAGGAGAGCAACGAGAGAACCAGAGGUACUGCUCGAACCUGGACGAGGCGCUGGAAAUGGGAAUCAAGAAGGCUCGUACCAACGGACUGGGAAUGGGAUCUGUGAUGGGUAGCUUCAUGGGCACUUAUGCGCUUGGACUGUGGUUUGGCAGCUGGCUGAUCGUGCAUGGCGUUACCAACAGCCGCACUGGUGUUCUCUACUCAGCAGGAGACGUGAUUCUAGUCUUCUUCUCUGUGGUGAUGGGAGGCUUUAGUCUCGGUCAGGUCGGGCCUUGUGUGCAGGCGUUCAUGAAGGGCCAGGCGUCAGCUAAGAGAAUCUUCGACAUCAUCGACCGCAAGCCCCCCAUCGACAUCGAAGAUCCGUCAGGCGAGAAGCCAGCAAGUGUCAAGGGUGACAUCUGCCUCAAGGGCAUCGCCUUCACCUACCCAGCCCGCCAGGACGCUCCCAUCUUCACCAACCUCGACCUCAACAUCGCAGCGGGUCAGACGGCGGCGCUGGUCGGGGCCUCGGGGAGCGGCAAGAGCACGGUGAUCCAGCUGCUGCUUCGCUUCUACGACCCGGACGCGGGGCAGGUCAUGCUGGACGGCAGAGACCUGCGAACGCUCAACGUCAAGUGGCUGCGCGAGCACCUGAGCAUCGUGUCACAGGAGCCGAUCUUGUUUGCGGUGUCGAUCGCUGAGAACAUCAAGUACGGCAAGCCCGACGCCUCCAUGGACGAGAUCGAGAAGGCGUCGGUGGCGUCCAACGCUCACAUGUUUAUCUCCGGGCUUCCGGGCAAGUACGACACGCUGUGCGGGGAGAGAGGGACGCAGCUGAGCGGCGGUCAGAAGCAGAGGAUCGCGAUUGCGCGCGCCAUCAUCUCCAACCCCAAGGUGCUCCUGCUGGACGAGGCCACGUCGGCCCUGGACUCGGAGAGCGAGAAGCUCGUACAGGGAGCGCUGGACAACCUCAUGGACGGGAGGACCGUCGUGGUGGUCGCUCACCGCCUGUCGACCAUCCGCAACGCAGACAAGAUCUGUGUCUUCCAGACGGGCACCAUCGUCGAGGAGGGGACGCAUGAGGAGCUGUACGCGAAGCAGGACGGCUUCUACCGGGAGCUUGUCUCGAAGCAGAUGAUGGCGGGAGAGGCGGCGGUAGGAGGGACUCCAGCCACAACAGAGGAGAAGCCAACCCAGGCAAGUCAGCCUGUGCAGGACACAGUGUCAGCGACCAAGUCUACGACAGAUGUGGUGCUCAAGGAGGUAAGCGAGGAGGAGAAGAAAGCCGAGAAAGGCUACCUGAGCCGAGCGUUCAAGCUGAACAGCCCGGAGUUCUUCCCUUGGGCCUUGACAGGGUCGAUCGGGGCUUGCUUGAACGGAGCUUUGUUUCCUGUGCUUGCGCUGCUGCUCACGGAGAUGCUCGCUGGGUACAGCAUGUGCCUUGAAAAAGAAAACGUGGACCCUUUCAACCCCGGCAAGAAGGUUGUGUUCUCAAUAUUCAUGGACGAGACGAGCUGCGACACCUCCUGCGUCUAUCGCAACGGCCAGUGGAUAGGCGCCUGUACCGCUCUCAACAACACCAGGAUGUGCGAGCCGAGCGUGUGCUUCAACCUGAUGGAGACUAAGAUCGUCAAGUACUGCUAUGGCUUCGUCGGGUUGGCCGUUGCUGCUUUCGUUGCCAACUUCCUGCAGCUCUUCUCCUUCGGGAUCAUGGGCGAGCAUCUCACGCAGCGGCUGAGGAAGCUGAGCUUUGCCUCCGUGCUGCGGCAGGACGUUGGCUUCUUCGACUACACGGAGAACGCGAGCGGAAGCCUGACGACCAAGCUUGCCAAGGACGCUUCCUUGGUAGAGAACGCGGUCGGAACCACUAUCGGCCUCAUGAUCCAGAACAUCGUUGUCAUGGCGAUCUCUUUGACGAUCGCGUUCAUUCGAGGCUGGAUGCUGACGCUGAUCUGCUUCUCGACGUUCCCGCUGAUGGUGAUUGCGAAUAUGCUGCAAAUGCAGUUUAUCGCGGGAUCUGGCGGAGACUUGUCGAAAGCCUAUGAGGUGCCUGUUGUCAUUUGUGUUGCUCUUCGAUCAUGUCAUGGAUUGAUCAGCAUUCAUAAAGCCACAGCUAUUGCCAGCGAGGCAGUUGCUGGGUUGCGAACUGUCGCCGCGUUCUCUGCCGAAGGUCAAGUUGAGAAUGUUUACGAGGAGACGCUCAAGUCAGACACUGGCGCACAGCACAAGACGGCUGUAGCUGCGGGACUCGGACAAGGGUUCUCGCUCUUCACCGUCUUCUUCCUCUACUACUGUGGGUUCGCGGGAGGGGCGUACCUUAUGACCCACGAGGGAUACUCCUUCAAGGAUGUGCUGCAGGUUUUCUUCACCGUGACUUUCAUGGGAAUGGCUGCCGGCAUGGCGGGAGCGAUUGCGCCGGACAUCGCAAAGGGAAAACCUGCACUUAUCGCCAUCUUCAAGCUUAUUGACAAGGCUCCCAAGAUCGAUGCCAAUGACCCGUCGGGAGAGAAGCUGCAGCAAGUGCGAGGGGAGAUCGAGCUGAGAAACGUCUCCUUCACCUAUCCAGCUCGUCUGGACGUGAAGAUCUUCGACAACCUCAACCUCAUGAUCCCGGCCGGAAAGACAGCAGCGCUGGUCGGAGGGUCGGGGAGCGGGAAAAGCACCAUCAUCUCCCUUAUCGAGCGCUUCUAUGACCCCGACGAUGGUCAGAUCCUGCUGGACGGUGUUAACAUCAAGACGCUGAACUUGUCAUGGUUGCGGUCGCAUUUGGGGCUUGUCAGCCAGGAGCCGAUCUUGUUUGCCACGACGAUCUUCGAGAACAUCCGCUAUGGAAGGGAGGACGCGAGGGAGGAAGAAGUUAUCGAGGCGUCCAAGAAAGCGAACGCUCAUGCCUUCAUCAUGGAAUUUCCUGACAAGUUUGAAACGCAAUGCGGAGAGAAAGGAACUCAGAUGAGCGGCGGGCAGAAACAGGCGACGUCAGCGCUGGACUCACAGAGUGAGAGGCUGGUGCAAGAGGCUCUAGAGCAUCUCAUGAUGGGAAGGACAGUGGUAGUCGUCGCUCAUCGCCUGUCAACCAUCAAGCAUGCAGACAAGAUCGUUGUGCUGUCGGGCGGAGUGAUCGUAGAGGAGGGCAAGCAUUCAGAUCUUAUCGCCAACACCACAGGAGCUUACUCCAAGCUCAUCGCACAUCAGGCAAGCUUGAUCGCUCCUGUGACAUGUCUUGAUUGCAUACCGGCAGAUGCAAACGUGAGCCGACAGAUGAGACGAGGAACAAGGGAGGGGAAGGAGGAGAAGGAGAAGGCCAGAGAGUGCGUGACUGAAAAAGCCAUGGAGCCUGUGUUUGUAUUUGUUUGUAUUUGUUUGUAUUUGUUGGUGUUUGUACACUUCGAUAGUCUAAGACUGCAGAGAAAGUGUGUGAGUGUUUGA